CGUGCUAUCAACAUGUUGCGUGUCGCGUUACUCCUGUGUCUCAUUACUAUCACAAUCGGUUUGACCACAGAGAAAUCUUUCGCGGAGAGAUUAGACAAACUCUAUGAAAAAUUAGAAAAGUUGACGGCGCCUAAUUCAAAAUUGGAACCAAAUAAACUGUAUGCAAAGUUAGAUAGGUUUAAUUCGCUAUCACCUGACCAUGCCUUGUCAGAGGAUGAAGAGCUUCUCUCGGCCAUGCAGCUUUGGGGGGGAAUGAGUGAGGAGCAGUUACGGGGACUGGUCAGAGAAUUUCAGGAAAUGAAAGAAGAAAGAAGUGAGAAGAUUAUUGAGGAUUAUAAAGAUGACUGGACUGACGAUGACGAUGGAGAUUAUGCAAACGACGACGCUGAAGAGUGGGACCCUAUUGAAGACGAGAUCAGUUCCACCUCAAAACCACUCCUCAACCUUGGUGUGACCCCCUCAGCGUUCACCCGUUUGGACGGAUACAGACACACUAUUGUGUCUGCUGUAGAUCCGAUUGCUGCUACUAAUGAGAGGCCUAGGAUUUUGGACGAUUCACAAGCAACCCCUGAAGAACGACGAGAAAUUCGAAAAGCCGUAAUAACCAAUAUGGGUACCGUUGUGCGAGCGGCUAAAUGUCUCAUCCCGCAACCAAGAUGGCUCACAGUUAGAAAACUAGCGCCUGCGGCAGAUACUGUGUAUAUGCCACCAUGUGUCCAGCUACAUCGCUGCGCGCCAGAUUCAGGUUGCUGUUACAAUGAAGCCGAGGUCUGCGCACCCGUCGAUGGGAAAUAUGUCGCUAUAUCUUUCUUUCUAAGCAAAGCGGACGGUAAUCUCACAGCAUCGCGUAUCUUAUUUUUCAACCAUACACGAUGCGCAUGCGUUUCCAAAGACACCUUACAAAGCACUGCUCGCACCAGAAUCGAUCGAGUCUUUUCUGAUGAAAGACGUGAAUCCAAGGAGAGACAGAAUGAUUGGAGAGCUACUGAAGAGCCAAGGUUAGAGAGAGACGAAGAACAGACGUCUCCGCCACAAAUGCGGAGAUGCACAUGUCCUCGCCUGUUCCGAAGUCAAAUAACAGAUGGCGCCUGCUAUUGCGUUUGCGAUUGGCCCGACGCGACGCGGCGUCGCGAGUGUCUCUCUCUAGCACGUGGACGUGAGCACUUUGGCCUAAGAGACAGAGUAUGCGUCGCGCAAGGUAAUUGCAACGCGCCAACUUGCGAAUAUGGCGCGUAUGAAAGACAUUCAGGCAGAUGUCCCUUGAGAAGGUAUAAACGAAGAUUUCACGUGAGAAGUCGGUACAACCCGGAGAAAACUGUGUGAUCUUUGGUACAAUGUGGAGCCAAUUGGGAAAAUAAUAAAUAAAUCGCCAAUGUUUUGGGCUGUUUGUAAAUAUAUCUAAAAGUUUAAUUUACGCUGAGAUUCUACUUUUAUUAUAUUACAGCCUGCGUCAUAUGGGCCAUAAUAAAAUUUCUACAAUUAAUAAAGUAUUGUGAAACUUGUACACAAUUUAUAUUAAUUUUAUGAUUUUAGUUCAUUGUAUUGUGCCAUAUUUAAGGAAAUAUAUGUACCUUCUGAAUACACUAAACUCAAACGUCACAAUUUCAACGCUAAAAAUGCAAGUCCAGUCGCUAGAGUUAGUAUUGAAUGAAAAUUUGUCCAAAGAAUGUCGUUUUUGCACUGAAUAUAACGUGAAUUAAUAUAUAUAUACUUUUCUGCAUAAUAUUUCGUAUACAUAUGUAUUUUAGCGGUAAGUUCAUUAUAAGUUGUAAAUAAAUAUUU